GCAGACGGAACUCUUAGAGUCCAAUAGUAGAGCACUGCUGGGAAGUGGGAUAUCAGGGAAACCUAAAGGUUUCUACUGACUCUAAUAAGGAUACCCGAUUGUUGUUGAUUUAAAAAAGCACCAGUAGGAUAUUACAACAUGGUGGUAGUAACAGCAGGGACCGGAGGAACCCACAAAGUGAUCCUGAUAUCAGGGAAGCACAAUGGAUCCUCAAGCGGCUCGCAGACAGCCUUCACUCGGCCCGUGUCCGUCGUUUUACCGUCUGUGGCCAACCAGGCGUCGUCGGAUUCAGACUCAAACACCCCUGCGGGGCCGCCGAUACGGAAAAGACAGAGGCUCACACAUUUGAGUCCAGAGGAGAAAGCACUUCGCAGGAAACUAAAGAACAGAGUCGCAGCUCAGACUGCCAGAGACAGGAAAAAGGCCAAAAUGGGGGAACUGGAACAGCAAGUCCUAGAGUUGGAGCUGGAGAAUCAAAAACUUCACAUUGAAAACAGGCUCCUUCAGGAAAAGACCAGCAGUCUACUGACUGAAAAUGAAGAACUGAGACAGAGACUUGGGUUGGACACCCUUGACUCAAAAGAAAAGGUUCAGGUUUUCUGGUCCAAUGAGAAUGAUGCAGGUUUAGGGAUCGGGUCUUCUGAGCGCAGCACUCAGGCUACGUGUGCCUCCGCAGCAGGUGCAGGCCCAGCAGUCCCCAAAUCUGAAGACUUCUCAAUGGAUACAGACAGUCCUGACACUACAGACAGUGAGUCUGAUUUGCUACUGGGCAUUCUGGACAUCCUUGACCCAGAGCUGUUCUUCAAGUCUUGUGAGCAGGAGUGCCAGGAGCCGAAGGCACUGCUGGAUGGAGGGGGGAACCCAAUACCUGCCACCACACCUGCACCUUUGGGGACCCCAUCAGUUAAGCUGGAGGCCCUUAAUGAACUGAUCCACUUUGACCACAUCUACACCAAGCCCGUGGAGGAGGUGAGUGGCGGGCAGUGCAACGACUCGGAGAGCAGUGCAGAGGAGGAGGAGAUCGAUGAGGCUGCCUUCCCCAUUACAGAGGUGGUGGUCGAGGAGGAGACGGUUUGCAUCAAAGAUGAGCCAGAGGAAGUGGUCAUCCCCAGCUAUAACGGUCACAGUCAGGUGGAUGACUGUCUCCCUGCAGCCUCCUCACCAGCCCUCAGCAGCCUGGAUAAGGAAGCCUGCCUGACAGAGACCUACAGUGACUCCGGAUACGAAGGCUCCCCUUCCCCCUUCAGUGACAUGUCCUCUCCCUUGUGCUCUGAGAGCUGCUGGGAAGACAUGUUUGCUAAUGAACUCUUCCCCCAGCUUAUCAGUGUCUGAACCCAACCUACUCAAGUCUAAUAAGUUGUAAUAUAUACAUAUGAGCUAAA